UCGUCUUAAAAAAUGGUAAUUGCGGUACAUGAGGGAGCCGAGAGCCCGUCCUAAGAUGUUGAUGCGGUUUGGAAAUCAACGAUUAGGAGCGGCCGCAACUGUAAAUCGGAUGACCCGAUGAAGGUAGGCGGAUCCAACUCAACACGUAUCAAUGCACAGGUACUUCUCCAUCUUCACUCCUCCACUUCCCUCACGCCUCCAUCUCCGUCGGCCAAUCCACCUUUCACGGACCCUUCUCUGGAAGCUCCGGGACGAAUCCCAUCCAGCCCCACCCGAAUUAGUCUCCCGCAUCUGCCGUCUCGUGCUUCUCCGCCGUUGCAAUGCCAUCUCCAAACUUAAUUUCGUCUUCUCUGACGAUAUCGUCGACGCUGUUCUCCGGAACCUCAGACUAAACCCUACUGCUUCUCUAGGGUUUUUCCAAUUUGUUUCUAAGCAGCAAAAUUUUAGACCCAACGUUAAGUCUUAUUGUAAGCUUGUUCAUAUAUUGUCCAGAGGUCGAAUGUAUGAUGAGACCAGAGCGUACUUGAACCAGCUCGUUGAUCUUUGUAAGUUCAAGGAUCGUGGCAAUGUGAUUUGGGAUGAAUUAGUUGGGGUUUAUCGAGAAUUUGCAUUUUCGCCCACUGUUUUUGAUAUGAUUCUGAAGGUGUAUGUGGAAAAGGGUUUGACAAAGAAUGCAUUGUACGUGUUUGAUAAUAUGGGCAAGUGUGGCCGAAUACCAAGCUUGCGGUCUUGCAAUAGUUUGUUGAACAAUUUGGUUAAAAAUGGGGAGACCCACACGGCACAUUAUGUUUAUCAGCAAAUGAUCAGGGUUGGAAUAGUUCCGGACGUUUUUAUGGUUUCAAUAAUGGUGAAUGCAUUUUGCAAGGACGGGAAAGUGGAUGAAGCAGCGGGAUUUGUGAAAAAAAUGGAGAAUUUGGGUGUUGAACCAAAUAUAGUGACCUACCAUAGUUUGAUUAAUGGCUAUGUUAGUCUGGGGGAUGUGGAAGCUGCAAAAGGAGUGCUGAAAUUCAUGAGUGAAAAGGGGGUUUCAAGAAAUGUGGUUACAUAUACCCUGUUGAUCAAGGGUUAUUGCAAACAAUGUAAAAUGGACGAGGCAGAGAAGGUGCUUAGAGGAAUGCAGGAGGAGGCAGCUUUGGUUCCUGAUGAGCGUGCUUAUGGUGUCUUGAUAGAUGGUUAUUGUCGAACUGGAAAAAUAGAUGAUGCUGUUAGGCUUUUGGAUGAGAUGUUGAGAUUGGGCCUGAAAACAAACUUAUUUAUUUGUAAUUCAUUGAUUAAUGGAUAUUGCAAACGUGGUGAAAUUCAUGAAGCAGAGGGAGUGAUAACCCGUAUGGUGGAUUGGAACUUGAAGCCAGACUCUUAUAGCUACAAUACUCUACUGGAUGGGUACUGUAGAGAAGGCCAUACAUCUGAAGCUUUCAACCUUUGUGACAAGAUGCUUCAGGAAGGGAUUGAACCAACCGUCUUAACUUAUAAUACUCUUCUUAAAGGCUUGUGCCGUGUGGGUGCCUUUGAUGAUGCUUUGCAAAUUUGGCAUUUGAUGAUGAAAAGGGGUGUGGCUCCUGAUGAGGUUGGCUAUAGUACUCUGCUUGAUGGGUUAUUCAAGAUGGAAAAUUUUGAAGGAGCUUCAACAUUGUGGAAAGAUAUUCUAGCAAGAGGAUUUACGAAAAGUAGGAUUACUUUCAAUACAAUGAUCAGCGGAUUAUGUAAGAUGGGGAAAAUGGUUGAAGCGGAGGAAAUUUUUGACAAGAUGAAGGAUCUGGGAUGUUCCCCUGAUGGAAUAACAUACAGAACCCUAAUUGAUGGGUAUUGUAAAGCCAGCAAUGUUGGACAAGCUUUUAAAGUUAAGGGUGCCAUGGAAAGGGAACCAAUUUCACCUUCCAUUGAGAUGUACAAUUCUCUUAUUAGUGGACUUUUUAAGUCUAGGAGAUUAGUUGAAGUGACAGAUCUUCUCACUGAGAUGGGCAUAAGGGGAUUGACCCCAAAUAUUGUUACUUAUGGAGCCCUUAUUGAUGGUUGGUGCAAAGAAGGGAUGCUGGAUAAAGCUUUUAGUUCAUAUUUUGAGAUGACUGAGAAUGGGCUAUCUGCCAAUAUAAUUAUAUGCAGCACAAUGGUCAGUGGCCUAUAUAGGCUUGGUAGGAUUGAUGAAGCAAAUUUGCUGAUGCAGAAAAUGGUGGAUCAUGGUUUUUUUCCUGAUCAUGAAUGUUUCCUCAAGUCUGACAUUAGAUAUGCAGCCAUUCAGAAAAUUGCAGAUUCUCUUGAUGAAAGUUGUAAAACUUUUCUUCUACCCAACAAUAUUGUGUACAAUAUUGCUAUUGCGGGCCUUUGCAAGACUGGGAAGGUUGAUGAUGCAAGAAGAUUUUUCUCUAUGUUAUCACUGAAAGGAUUUGUUCCGGAUAAUUUUACGUACUGUACCCUGAUUCAUGGCUAUUCUGCGGCUGGUAAUGUUGAUGAAGCUUUUCGCUUAAGGGACGAGAUGCUGAGAAGGGGUCUUGUUCCAAACAUAGUUACAUACAAUGCUCUUAUAAAUGGCUUGUGCAAAUCAGAAAACGUGGAUCGAGCACAGAGGCUUUUCCAUAAACUUCACCAGAAGGGAUUGUUUCCAAAUGUUGUUACCUAUAAUACAUUGAUCGAUGGAUAUUGCAAGAUUGGUAAUAUGGAUGCAGCCUUCAAACUGAAAGAUAAAAUGAUAGAAGAAGGGAUUUCUCCUUCUGUUGUUACAUACUCUGCCUUGAUCAAUGGUCUUUGUAAGCAUGGAGAUAUAGAAAGAUCUAUGAAGCUUUUGAAUCAAAUGAUCAAGGCAGGUGUGGACUCUAAGCUUAUAGAAUACUGUACUUUGGUUCAAGGUUACAUUAGAAGUGGAGAGAUGCAAAAGAUACACAAACUUUAUGAUAUGAUGCAUAUCAGAUGUCUUUCCACCACUGCUAUUUCUCAUAAACAGGUGGAUUUAAGACCUCAAACUACAAUGAAAUGAGCAAGCCUGAAGCUGUAUGUUGAUCUGUGCUUUAGUGAGUUAAGGGACUUUUGAGAACAUAAUUCAGUUGUCAGAAUGAUUUGGAGUCCAGCCAUGGCCUUGCCUUCUUGAAUGGGCUUCUUCAUGCAUAUUCAGAGGCUUGGGCUGUACAUUGAGGAGGACUAAAUAGAUUCAGUGUAACCUCCUGGAGAGUGUCAGUAUGUGGCUAGUUGGUAUCCUCCCAAAAUCAUAAUGAAGGUUCCAAUGGAACAUUUUCAGCUCAAAUAGAAUAUGAAUUGCUUCUUACUUCCAAAAUUUAAACAUUCAUGGAAAUUUGUGGGAGUGGUUGCUUUGGACUGUCCAAUUCGUAUAUUUGGUCCUAAAGGGACCAUAAUGGAUAAGUGAAGUUGCUGCCGGAUUUUGGGUCCCAGCAUUUCAUCAUUUUCAGAUUUUGGGUAGCACAAAGUUGCAGGUUAAAAUUACCACAUGUGCUAGAUGUUGCUUAAAUGUAUGAAACGCUUAGGGAAUGUACUGAACUGGAAUAAUUAUGGGAGCUGCUUGUCAUUCCAGAACUUUUCAAUUUGAUGGUGGCAUGUGAAAGAUUCAAAGGUAAGGCUGGAAUAAAGCUUAUGAUUGUUUUCUGUAAACUUUCUAGAGACUUUAGUCAGUAUGGAAGAUACUAACCAUUGGUUCAAUUACUGUCUUAAUAAGAAGCUGAACAGGCAGCACCAGUUCAAGAUGGUACAUGAGAAGCUGAAAGGGCAUAUCUCUCUGAAAGGACCUCACUGUUUCCAAAGAAGCUUGUGCUGGAAUGUCGAUUGGAAUAUUAUAUGUACUUCUGUACAUGGGGUUGUGUUACUAUUGUUCCAUUAUUUUGUCCAUCCAGGUUCCAUUCUUGUCGCGUAUUCUUCCAUGCUUCAAUAAGCUUUGUUGCCAUGUAUCAUUUGCCAAUUCAAUUCAUUUAGUAUGCUGGAAGUUGGAACUCAGGCUUCUGCACUCGGAUCCACUCAACAGAUCAUGUCCUCUGCUGUCAAGAAUGUUGCUGCAUUGUCAUUCACAUGGUAACCAUCUUAUACAACUGUUUUUAAUAUUGGAAAUAAGAUGAAGCAGGCUUCUAUGUACACAUUAGACUGGUAGAAACUAGAAAAUUCAAAAUGGUUGUUCUAAUGGGAAACUGAUAGAUGCUAUGGAACAGGAUUAUAACUUCUGAAACAAAAUGUAACUGGAAUGCUAUUCUCUACAAGUUGUCUUUGAGUGCUUUGUUUACUGCAUUAAAGCUUGAAGCUUAUUAUGAUA